GAGGAGGCGGCGACGGAGCGGGCGGCGGCGUGGCUGCGCUCUGGAGGUACGUGCUCGCGCCGUCCGCCGGCCCAACGGCUGGCACGCCCCUCUUCAGCGUCGCCGCCCGCUCCGAGUUUGAGUUUGCGGACGGCGGCGGUGGCGCGGCCCCGGUGAUCGUCGCUCACACGCUGCGCGGCUUGCGGGUCAACAAUCGCGAGGCGCUGCCGCAGGAGCUGCUCGGCCGACUCAAAGGCGGCACUCUGCCCCUGCUCGGCGCGACGCUCGUCUCCGUCACAGAGGGCGCGCUGGCGCCGCUGCAGCCGGCGGCCUCUUCUUCCUCCUCCUCCUCCUCCUCCUCCUCCUCGCCCCUGAGCGCGUCGUCGACGACGCCGAUCCCGCCCGCAUUCGCGACGACCGCCCUCUCGCUGCUGCGGUCGCUGCACCAGCAGGUCCCCGCCGCCCUCACCGCGCCGCUCGACCUGGCCUCCCUCUGCGAGGAGGAGGUGCGCCUCACCGGCCUCCUCGGCGAGCGACUCCUCUCCGGCCGCCCGUCGCUCGCCCGCGCGCUCGCCGCAGCGCGCCGCCUCUACGCUGGCGCAAUCGCGCAGGGCGGAAUGGCCGUGAGCGGCGACGCCGAGGCGCCGCUCGCCGUCCGCGUCGCUCUGAGCGCCGACGGCGACCUGCGGCUGCAGCUCGACGGCGCGAGCGGCCGCGUGCGAGAGGUGCGCAUCGAGGCGGUCAGCGUCAACGGCCGCCCGCUGUUGCCGCGAGUGCUGUCGGACUUGGUGCGCGGUGCCGCGCCGCCCGGCGGCGGUGCAGACCCAGGAGGCGGAGGCUUCGAAGCCGUGCUGGCUUCGCUCGCGCCGUGGCUGCGCGAGCCAACGAGCUGA